AUGGCGGCUGCGACACUGUCGCCCUACAUCAACGAUGCAUUCCUCAAUUUUGGAGACGAUCCCUUCAACCUCCCAAUUCUGCCCGGCGAGGACAACUUCAGCCCCGGUAUCAUCGAGGACAUCAUGGCCCAGCAGGACCCAGGCGACGUGGAGCAGAUCAUGUCCGGCGCAAUGUACCAGGCUCGCGUCGAGUAUGCGGCGAAGCGGUUGGCGGCCGUUCCCAAGACGUUCGCUGAACAGGCACAGACCAUGUUCAUCCACCGGCAGCUGUUCCAAGAGAAGAGCCUCCCGGCUUUGCAGGACGCGCUCAGCGCUUGUGCGCUGUAUUGCCUGAAGAGUCCAGAGAACCAGGGCCUGGUGUUUGCCAACUUGCAGCAUAAAGCGCAGCAGCUCAUCGCUAGCACGGACCCCCUCAUGGCGUCCAAAGCCGAGCUGCUUGCGGCGCUGCAGGCGCUUGUUUUGUACCAGACCAUCAGAUACUUCGACGGGGAUAUCAGACUGAGGGCGCAGGCCGAGGCGGACGAGCCAGUGCUCGCUGCCUGGACGAACCAGUUGAGAGCGCGGAUGCAUCAGCUGGUGCCCUCAUUGCCCGCCUCAGCAGGAGCGCUGCUCCCCACACAAACUCGGGCGCAAGACUGGCAGCGGUGGCUUGUUGAAGAGAGCACACGACGGACGGUGCUGUCUUCUGCCAUAUUGCAAGGCGUGUAUGAGUUUUUGAAGUUUGGCUGGGACAAGGCAUCAGACCACAGGCUGAGCUUCACUGCACAAAGAGCGCUCUGGGAGGCGCAGUCGGAGUACGGAUGGCGGACGGCAUGCAGCGAGCGCGAGAGGCUCGAGGUCCGCCUGGCGCACUGGAACGACGACGUUCUGAAAGCAGCGCCGAGCGACCUCGACGAGCUUGGCGUCCUGAUCAUGGCGACGUUCUGGGGCAUGGAGCCGACGGGCGAGUGGCUGGGAAAGGGCCACCUCGCGAGGUUCGGAUUGGAAUAG